UAUAUUUAUUCCCAAAAAAAAAAAGAAGGAAAAAAUCUUACCAUACGUACAAACUUCACCACUUUUCCCCUCAAGAAAUCAUUAAUUGGCCGCACACAUAUGAACUCGCCGACGAUCUCAUCACUCUUCAAUUAGAUUUCUUCACAUUCUCUCAAAUCUCUUAUUCCCUCUUUCAAUUUUGUAUAAUUUAAAUUUCAAAAAAAAAAAAAAUCAAAAAAAAAAAAAAAGAUGAACAAGAGUAAAUUACAGGAAUUCUGCCAGAGGAGGAAUUGGGAGUUGCCGGAGUACACCACCGUCAAAGUCGGCCCCGAUCACAUGGCUCGCUUCACCGCCGUUGUCAAUGUGAACGGUCACCGCUUCGAAACUCCGGAACCGUGCAAGUCGGCCAAGGAUGCUCAGAACACCGCCGCCCGAAUUGCCUUCAACCAUUUCAAUGCUCCUCCGCCGCCGCCCCCUGCCCACGCCUUGCCCACUGCCUCUUCCGCUAUUUACCCUCAAAUUAGUGCCGUACCGCCUGCUGCCCUACUCCCGGCUGUGCCGCCGCCGUCUGAGGUGCAUCGCCCGGUUACUGCCACAAUCCCUAAUUCUCCUGCUCCUUCAUCACUUCCGGUUCCUCCUCCCGGAUUUUUGGCGACGAAGAAUGAUCCGCAGCAGAGUAGUGGAGAUGCUACACAAGCUUCUACGGUUUAUAGGAUUGCGAUAGGUUCCAAUCAUAAAGAUGCGGUAAGCAUGUAUAAGAACCAGCUACAACAGUAUGGUCAAAAGCAAAAUAUUGGUUUUCCAGUGUAUUCUUCUGAAUCCGAAGGGCCGCCUCAUUCUCGCCGAUUCAGGUCAAGAGUCUCCCUUAAUGGGAAAUCAUAUGAAACGGUGGAAUUCUUCCCCACACUGAAGGAAGCUGAACAAGCAGCCGCCAAAGUUGCUUGUCAGGAGUUGUCACUGAACGUGAUUCAAGAGGAUGUCGGUUUACACAAAAACCUCCUACAAGAAUUCGCUCAAAGAAAGGGUCUUCUAUGUCCGUCAUAUGAAACGACCAGCUCGGGUAUGUCGCAUAGGCCUUCGUUUGUGUCUACAGUGGAGGUAGGAAGUAAUACUUACACAGGGGCUGAAGCGAAAACCAAGAAGCUGGCGGAGAUGAAUGCUGCUAAAGUUGCUUACUGCGCUCUUACACACAGUGGGCCACCUACACAAUCCUCAAGGAUGCCAUCUAUCGAUGGAAUUGCUGUUGCUGAUGGAACGAUAAAAAAGCAUCCAGAUACAACAGACGAAGAAACUCGUGCACAAGCAAAACGAGCCAAGUCUUCACCGGAAAAAACGAAUGCGAACAUUCAUCUUCAAGACCCGUCGCAGCAUAGUAAUUUACCAUCAUCAAGUGGUGCUAACAUGGUUCAUUCCCAAAUGGAGAAUGCAAUCGCAGCCGAACCUGUUACCGAGCAAAGAGUUGCAGAAAACCAGCCGCCGGUUCAUGGGACCACAGUGGUUUUCUCGACCAACUAUACCUUGCCAAUACCUGAACGUGCCUCUGUCAUGCCGUAUAGCGAUAACCAGUGGAUCGGGUAUAAAGUUAAUGUAGAUCAAGAACCAAAUUCGUAGAGACUCUCAUUUUAGUGCUAAUGCUGUGUUUUGAAGAGCUGUACUAAGUGCUGACUGCUGGAUUUUUAGACCGAGUUAUUCUCAUAUAAAGUGUAGUGUGUCCUGAGCAGAUUUUAGCCUACCCUUGUUGUGUGUUGGUAAUAUUUGCAAGGAUCUCUAUGGGUGAGCUAAUUAUAUUAUGUUUUUUCUGAUUUUCACUCU